GACCCUCCCCUUCUGCCCGACUCUCCCACACUCUAUCCACACACACGGCCAACCUACCGACGUGUGUCUGAGCUGUCCGGUUGUGAGGAGAAGAAGGUUGAGCAGAGCCCGUCGGAUUGCCCAGAAAAGUUCACCAACCGACCCAACCGACAACCCCCCGGGUAGAGAAUAACAGAAGGAGAGGCAGCCAGAGAGAGAGAGAGAGAGAGAGAGAGAGAGAGAGAGAGAGACAUACAGGAGGACCGAGGGAACCCAGGAAGACACAGCGUCGUAGCAGGAGUGUUGACAUCUGAAGGCCGCUUGUUUUGCGUGAAGAUGGCCUCAUACACGGUGACUCUGACCGGCCCCGCGCCAUGGGGCUUCAGGCUGCAGGGUGGGAAGGACUUCAACAUGCCCCUCACCAUCUCCAGGAUAACCCCCAGUAGCAAGGCAGCAGGUGGCAGCCUGUCACAGGGUGACAUCAUCUCGGCCAUCGACGGCCACAGCACCGAAGGCAUGACUCACCUGGAGGCCCAGAACAAGAUCAAGACCGCCAGCAACACGCUGGCACUCACCAUGCAGAAGUCAAGACGUCCAGUUCUAAUUCCCACAGGCACUCCCAGAAUGGAGUCACCCAUGCCAAUCAUCCCCCACCAGAAGGUCAUUUUAAACACAGCAGCAAAUGUGGAGUAUACUCCCAGCUUCAACCCCAUAGCACUGAAAGACUCAGCCUUGUCCACCCACAAGCCCAUCGAGGUGCGGGGCCCCGGGGGGAAGGCCACCAUAGUUCACGCCCAGUACAACACGCCCAUCAGCAUGUACUCCCAGGACGCCAUCAUGGAUGCCAUCGCUGGCCAGUCGCAGGCCAAGGGACAUGAGGGAGGAGCGCUGCCGGUCAAAGACCCAGUGAUCGACUGUGCCUCCCCAGUGUACCAGGCCGUCAUCAGGCCAAACGCCCGCAGCGAGGACAUGGCUGACUGGGCCCACGGCGCUACCAACCUACAGUCCAAGAGCUUCCGGAUGCUGGCCCACAUCACAGGCACCGAAUACAUGCAAGACCCAGAUGAAGAGGCCCUCCUGAGGUCGAGAGAGAAGUUCGAGCAUGAGGUCAAGGGUCCCCGCUUCGCCAAGCUGAAGAACUGGCACAACGGACUGUCCGCACAGAUCCUCAACAUCCAUUAAGAUGGAGAUCACCGUGGGACAAGGAACGCAGAAGUAAAAACGCACCUGGAUAACAGAAGGACGGAGAGACGAAUCAAGGGAAAGAAGAAAAUAUGGAGUGGAAACGAAGGAAUAGAGAAGGAAACGGAACAGGAGUAUAGGCAACUCCUGCUGAGGAAUGAGCGUUAAGCAUGGUAGCUCUGUUAGACUAGUAGAAUGCAAGAUUAUUAACGGUUAGUGUGAGAGUGUUUUUGUCGUUGUUCAUCUGUUAAUAAAACUCAGUAUUACCUGUACCUGUCCGUUGUGACUAUCGAUAGUGCUAAGACCUGACCGAGCUUUUUGUGAUAUUUUCUGUUAUUUGCUUUAGUUUUCUUUUGUUUCUGUCUGGCCCUGUUUUUGAAAGAGAUCUGUCCGAAAAACGAUGACCCCCAUCCAUCCGAACUUCCUACUGCUAAGACGCAACAGAGCUUUAGUAACUCAUCUAUUUUCUUUAUUUUGUUUUUUCUUUAUCUUAUUAUUUUUUUGGGGGGGUUGUCUGGCUCUGUUUUUUUUGGAAAGAAAACUGUACAAAAAGUGAAAUUGUAAGAAAAAGUUUAUUUGUGCACCUUUUAUGUACUGCCAUGUACGAAACACACGCACCAACAUGUUGGCUGCGUGAUUUAUCUACUGAAGAGCCUAUACCGAAAGAAAAAGAACUGAAAUAAAGCUAACUUCACCAUGUGUGCAAAAAAGGUAUGUGAAAAUACCAACAACAUGUACUGACAUCAAUGUGAAUAAAUUUUUUCUCUAAACUA